AAUAUCGCUUCAUUGGGUUCAGUCCUCCGGUGGCGAUUCUCGCGAGCGGAACCGGUCUUUCUUUGGAAACAAAAAAAAAACUGUUUAAACAUAACUUAGCACCUGACGCGAUAGUAGAUCGGUAGGAAGAAAGUGGAUUCUAGUAGAGGGUUGAACCCCAAAAGUGUGGUGAUUGGUGAUUUGAGCUGAUUUUUAUUGCUGAAUAUUUUUAUUAUUACACGAUUUAAACCAUGACGGAAGAUUCGAAGCAUGGAGAGGUCGCGACGGCCAAUGGCGACGGCAAGGACGUUGAGGGAGCCGAUGUCAAGAAAUUGAAGUACCCCCGAUCGAUUCCCUUCAUUAUCAGUAAUGAGUUCUGCGAGCGUUUCAACUACUAUGGCAUGCGAACUAUUCUGGUUCUGUACCUUACUCGGAAGCUGGAUUAUGACGAUGACACAGCCACGGUUCUGUAUCACUCGUUCACUACGCUGGUGUACUUCAUGUGCGUCAUCGGAGCUAUCAUUUCGGACAGUUGGUUGGGUAAGUUCAAGACGAUCUUGUACCUCUCGAUCGUCUACGUAUGCGGCAGUACGUUGAUCGCAAUCGGUGCCAUCCCAACCUUGGAUUUGGAUGCCCGGGCGAUGACAGUUGUUGGAUUAUUGCUGAUCGCGAUCGGUUCUGGUGGUAUCAAACCAUGUGUGGCGGCAUUCGGAGGAGAACAGUUCAAGAUGCCCGAGCAGGCCAAGUACCUGGCUCUGUUCUUCUCGAUGUUCUACUUUGCUGUGAACUCCGGAUCAUUCGUGUCCACCAUGAUUACGCCAAUUCUGCGAGAGGAUGUCAAGUGUUUCGAUUCCGAUGAUUGUUUCUCGCUCGCCUUUGGAGUACCUGGAAUCCUCAUGAUUACGUCGAUCAUCAUUUUCUUGUUCGGAAAACCACUGUACAAGAUCACUGCUCCGGCCGGCAACAUGUUCAUGAAGGUGUCCAAAUGUAUCUGGACUGCGAUCCGCACCCGUUCCAAGGAGAAGUCCGUCAACCCUCGUGAGCACUGGCUGGAUUACUCGGAAAAGCGAUGGGGCCAACAGUUGGUCGACGAAACCAAGAUUCUGCUCAACGUUCUACGACUGUACAUCCCGCUGCCAGUUUUCUGGGCACUGUUUGAUCAACAAGGAUCCCGUUGGACCUUCCAGGCUACUCGCAUGGAUGGCGAUCUCGGUUUCUGGACUAUCAAACCCGAUCAGAUGCAGGUCAUCAAUCCACUGCUAAUUCUUAUUUUCAUUCCUCUAUAUGAAGUGGCGUUCUAUCCACUUCUGUCCCUACUCGGAAUCCGUCGUCCACUGCAGAAGCUCACCCUAGGCGGUAUCUUCGCUGGCAUUGCCUUCGUCAUCUCCACGAUUGUAGAAAUUCAACUUGAAGGCACCUACGCUGUUAUGCCCCAAGCGGGUGAGUCACAGUUACGAAUCUUCAACGGAAUGCCUUGCGAAUACAACGUUCAAACUGAGGUUCCGAACCACGAUACUUUUAUCCUCAAAUCGAUGGAGAUGUUUGAGGAAAAAUAUAUCGCCGUAAAUGGAAAUAAGUCCUUUACAUACACUUUUACCUCGAAUACACCUGGCUGCGCUGAUUUUACCGACAGAUUUGAAUUGGAAGAGUACAAGCAGAUUUCAUACUUGGUCAAUAACCGUGACGGCGAACCGAAACUCUUCCGCUACGAGGACAACACUGACAAAUCCUCCAAGGGUUUCCCAAUGUUCCGAGUACUUGGAAACACCGCUCAGGAUCGGCCAAUUGUCUUCAAAGACCUUGACGCUGAUCCACAAUUUGAUCGCCACAGCAACACCACCUAUUUCCAUGACAUCAUCGAAUCCUAUCCAUCCCGGUACGAAAUCAGCGUGGACAAUAAAAAAUUGAUGGAGUAUUCCAUGCGACUUGGAGGCGUCUACGCUUUCAUCAUCUCAGAAAAUGGCAACGAACUCAAAGCUGAAGCUAUUGUCGUAACCGAACCGAACUCGAUCAACAUGCUGUGGUUGGUGCCUCAGUACGUGGUCAUGACCCUCGGAGAGGUGAUGUACUCCAUCACCGGACUGGAGUUCUCGUUCACCCAAGCCCCGGAGAGUAUGAAAUCGGUACUGCAAGGCUGCUGGCAGCUGACGGUGGCCGUUGGUAAUCUGAUCGUGGUCAUUGUGGCCGAAGCGAAGAUCUUCGAGGCGCAGAAGUGGGAGUUCGUCCUGUUUGCAUGUUUGAUGUUCAUCGAUAUGGCCAUAUUUGCCGUGCUCGCGUACUACUACAAGCCGAUUCCGAUCAAGAGCUACAGCGAUGAAGACGACGCAAACACCACGUUACCCAUCGAAGAUCGCAAAGAUGAUCGGGGCCUCGAGAAUCCCACAUUCACCAAGGGCGAAUAAUUCGGAUGCUCGCAAGAGAGAUUAAGAUCAGACUGUUGUACAGUCGCAGUUAUAUGUUAAGCCUUAUUAGCUAAAUAAAUUCCUUUUGUUGUAGAAUAAUCUAAACUAAACGAAAA